UUUGUCUAAAAAGCAGCCAAUAGUAUCCAAUACUUGCUUGUAACGAAAUUUGAACAUACAAAAGAAACAUCAAUCCGUUUAGUUUCCUUUAGAUAGAGAAUUAGAAAAUACUAAAAAAAACCAACACCAAACCGAAAUUGAUCAAUUAUUUUUUUUUUUUGUUCACGAUUUCAAACCUACUUUAGACAACCCCACUUUAAAGUGAACAACGAAAUCCAAACAUCCAAUAUAUAUUUAAAGGAUUUCCGCAAUCAACUUAGAAAGAAUAUAAAUCUAAUUUUGUAUUAUAAUCAUAUCACGUCAUGUCUGAUCAAAACUGGAAACAAAAUUUAAACCUUCCUGCCAAGGACACUAGACCUCAAACUGAAGAUGUUUUAAACACCAAGGGUAAAUCAUUUGAAGAUUUCAACUUAAAACGAGAAUUAUUAAUGGGUAUUUUUGAAGCUGGGUUUGAAAAGCCUUCGCCUAUCCAAGAAGAAUCUAUUCCUAUGGCAUUAGCUGGUCGUGAUAUUCUUGCUCGAGCCAAGAAUGGAACUGGGAAAACUGCAUCAUUUGUUAUUCCAUGUUUACAACAAGUCAAGCCUAAAGUGUCCAAGAUUCAAGCAUUGAUUUUAGUUCCAACUAGAGAAUUAGCAUUACAAACAUCCCAAGUAGUUAGAACCUUGGGUAAACAUUUAGCUAUACAAUGUAUGGUUACCACUGGUGGUACUUCGUUAAGAGAUGAUAUUGUUAGAUUGAACGAUCCUGUUCACGUGUUGGUGGGAACACCAGGGAGAGUUUUAGAUUUAGCCGCCAGAAAAGUUGUUGAUUUAUCAGAAUGUCCUGUUUUUGUCAUGGACGAAGCUGAUAAGAUGUUAUCACGAGAAUUUAAGGGGAUAAUUGAACAAAUUUUAGAGUUUUUCCCUCCAAAUAGACAAGCAUUAUUAUUCUCCGCUACAUUCCCAUUAGCCGUCAAAUCGUUUAUGGAUAAACAUUUGCACAAACCUUAUGAAAUCAAUUUGAUGGAUGAGUUGACUUUAAGAGGUAUUUCCCAAUUCUAUGCCUUUGUUGAAGAAAAGCAAAAAUUACACUGUUUGAACACAUUGUUUAGCAAAUUGCAAAUUAACCAAUCGAUUAUUUUCUGUAAUUCUACCAACAGAGUGGAAUUAUUAGCGAAGAAGAUUACCGAAUUGGGUUACUCAUGUUACUAUUCUCAUGCGAAAAUGCCCCAACAAGCCAGAAAUAAAGUUUUCCAUGAAUUUAGACAAGGUAAAGUAAGGAAUUUAGUUUGUUCCGAUUUAUUAACCAGAGGUAUUGAUAUUCAAGCCGUUAAUGUGGUUAUUAAUUUUGAUUUCCCCAAGACAGCCGAAACUUAUUUGCACAGAAUUGGUAGAUCAGGGAGAUUUGGUCACUUAGGGUUGGCCAUUAACUUGAUGAGUUGGAAUGACCGAUAUUCAUUGUAUAAGAUUGAGCAAGAAUUAGGUACUGAAAUCAAGCCAAUUCCUGCUACAAUCGAUAAGAAGUUAUAUGUUGCUGAAAAUGAAGAUGCAGUUCCAAGACCAUUUAGAAUUGAAGAAUUACCAAAGGGUAAUACUACUAUCCAUGGUAAAGCAGGGUAUGAAUAUAAGGGACAACCAGAAGUUACCCAACAAGCUGCUCACCCUCAACAACCACCACACCCACAACAGCAGCAACAGCCACCUCAAUUUGCAGGUCAAUAUCCACCUGGUGUACCACCACCACAACAAUUCAACGGAUAUCCGUACCAACAGCCACAAUAUGCCCCAGGAUAUCCCCAACAGUUCAACAAUGGGCAAUUUCAACAACCACAAUCUCAACAACAACAACAACAGCAACCACCGGCCCAACAAUAUUAAGAGAUGCCAUGUCCAGCACCAUAGUCACAUUUUAAUGAAUUCUUUGUUUGAUUUUUUUGUUCUUAAUGAUUUACUUGUUUAUUUGUGUUUUUUGAUUAUUAUGAUUAGAAGGUUUGUUAAAUGACUAUGUGUGAAGUGUAAGGUUGUGAGAUGUUUUGAAAAUAUAAGGAGAGGAGGGUUUACGAUUAGAAGUAACGAGAUGAGGUGUUUAUACGUGGUGAACAUUGCGAAGUUAGAUGAGGUAAGUAUGAUGGAGAGUUGAGAAUAUCAGAGGAGACGGAUGACGAUGCAGUUGAGUGGUGUAUUAUGAAGUAAGAUGAAAGAAAUUGAAAAAAAAAAUAUGUGAAGAUUAAAAGAAUAUGAAGAAGAUUUAAAGGGACAAUUAAAGUUCCCAAACUGAAACAAAAAUGACUAAGAAAUGAUAGUGUAAAUGAAAGUCAUUGUGAAUAAAAGUGAAUUGAAAUGGUCUAUAAAGAUGUUGAAAAUGAAUAGAAUGUGAAGGAAAGGUUAUAUAGUGUAGUUCCUACAUGUAUAUAAUUGAGUGCAACAUCUUUUGAAAUUAGCAUAUGUAGUCCAGCGCACGACUCUUGUGAUAAGUAGUUUUGUACGAUGUUACACAAAUUAUAGAUAAUUAACGUAAUGUGACU